GAGAGAGAGAGAGAGAGAGAGAGAGCGCUCGAGCCGCAUCUUGACUAACCGGCGCGCUCUUUCUCUCUCCGAAGCGAACAAAUCGCCGGCUUUUCGCGGAGCUCUAAAGCUAACCAGUCUUCAGGGAACAAGCUGACAAAGUGUCUUUCCUUUUACAGGAUGAAUGAGGUCCUCAACACAUGUGAGCCGGUCAUGGAAGCAGCUGCCACCUCAGAGGAACACGGGAUUUCCUUUCAGAUAUUCCCAGACACCCAUGAGCGCUAUCCCAAGCUGUCCAAACGCCUUCCCUCGAUAGUGGUGGAGCCAACAGAGAGCGGGGAGGUAGAGAGUGGGGAGCUGCGCUGGCCCCCUGACGAUGUGAGCUCUGCAGAAAACAAAAGUGGUGGAGACCAGAGCCACCCCAGAGAGACUAGAGCAGAUUGCACUGCCCAGCCUGAUGCAGGCAUAGAUCAGGGCCACCAAGAUGAAUCCAACUGAGGCGAGGAACGACCACUCGACUCUCACUGUGAAUGUCAGCUGGCAGGCGGCGUGGUACCACUCUCGUUUCCACGGAGCCCUGAAGCUUCUGCAGUGUUUCACAGACUGUGUCACAUAGCUCAUGUGUGCCAAACUUGGCGGUUAGCACGGAAAACGUGUGUGUAUCCUAGGACUCUGGGCUCUGCUUCCUUUUUGUUUCUGCGCCUUUUCCCUACCUCUCUGGUUUUUCUCUCUCUCUGUGUGGAGGACUUGGAGGAGCAGUUUAGGCACCUGGGGGGUGUUCAGUUAAAAACGCUUUUUCAACAUCUUAGCUCCACAGAGUAAGUAGACGGCAGGGUGGGAAGGCCAGUAAGGGGAAUCAAAAGCCUUUUUAAUCUGAGCCAGAUUUCCCCACAUUUGUGACCUGCUUAACAAAGGUUCAGUGUGAAUUGUGUCCCCCGCUUACCUUGGCACUGUGUCCACAUUCAUACAUUUUUGCAUGCCACUUGAGUUCCCUUAAUGCAGUUGCACUCUGUUAAAAAAAAACAAACUAGGAUUUAUGGUUCAAAAGUAACAGCUGGGGGUUUCCAGUAUUUUAUACCUUAAAAAAAAAAAAACACAUAUCCGUGCAUUUUACAAAUCCACUUAUUUCACUUCUGGGAUAAGGGGAGCAGGAGCCUGCCCUAGCACAACACAGGGUCCUGUGUUGAAUGGGAUGCCAUGCAUACUCACGCACACAUCCACAAAAGGCCAACCAACCACCAUUCAGCUCAUCAAGUACACAUUUGGGAUAUGGGAGGAAACUGGAACACAGGGAAAAUGUGCAGAUUCCACACAGACUUUGGGCAAAGACUCUGGUGCUUUCAGGCAGGGGUCGUAUUUUUCUAGAAUGAUGUUAAAAAAACAUACUUUCUUUUCUGUUGUGCCUUUUCAUACUGAAUACCAUGGCAGGGGCUUUACAGGCGUUGUUCAGUAGUUUGAAUGUGCACUGGAGGGGGCCGGAUAAGCACCAUUUGGGUUACACUCCUGCAGCUUAACCAGUAGGCCACACUGUAUAUGGUUAGGUAGGAGAUACAAUUUGAGUCAAUAUAGACAGUUAAUACAAAUGCACAUUAUCAUUGACUGGCUGCUGGGCCCACUUACCCCAGCAUAAUCACUCAGCAGUUACGAGCCCUAAGCUGCCUAACUAGAUACAAAUCAGCAUAAUGAAAUAACUAAGCCAACAGCCAUGCAGGUUUAAUCCCACUGUUGAUCUUCAUGUUGUGACUGAACCUGAGGCCUUGGGUUUUACUCCAUCGUAAGUUUUUAUUUUUGAGUUCUAUUAAGUCGGUGAUACGAUGCAUUCCAUUGAUUCAUCCAUCCAUUCUCCAGUUACUGAAUUUGUUUAAUCCACUUUCAGAUUUGUGGAGAGGUGAAGCCUUAUCACUAUCGGAAGCAAGCUAGAAACCAAGCAUGAAUGCAGUGCCAAUCCAUCACGGUGCACACUCGUUCAUACAGUGGCUAAUUUGGAACUGACAAUUUGUAUCUUUUUGGGAUGUGGUAGGAAAAAGAUGUGAGGAGAACAUGAAAUGCCACAAAGAUAUUCACUGGUGGGGAUUCACACCAGGUAUCUUUAGAGAGGCGAGUCAGUGGCACUAAGCAGUAUGCCCCUAUACUGACGUUAAGCCGAUUCCUGCUGCCUCGAAAUGCACCAUUUGUAGAAAUUCAGCAAGAGGUGCGGACUUGUGGUAAAAGCUUUCUACACAAGGUUGUCCUUUCAUGUCCCACUGCUGGCUCUUUGUGUGACCCUGAGCGAAAGCCCUUAAUCGGCGUAUACUAAAGCUUUAGGAACAUAGAAACGACAGUUUUAUAUUCUACCUGUGAGGCACCUCAGAAUGGUAUUCACUCUAGAAAGGCACUAUAUAAGAAAAAGAUUGGUGGUGUUAAAAGUUUACAUUUGUUUAUCAUGAUGUUUUUGGCCUCUACUAAAUUAUUACCAUAUCACACAAAGCACUUUUACCAUUUUUGAACCUUAGUUGACAGGUUUUUACUGUAAAUUUAACUUUUUUCCACAAACGAACCCUGCUUAAGUAAAUAACUACACCACCAUCACACGUUGACACGUUUUUAAUUAGAUUUUCUCAUCUUUAUUUUCAAAUUCUAGCUACAAGAGAAAUCCAUUUUUUGAAUGCCUGCCUCAGAACACUUAAACAAGUUAAACUCCCUCCUCCAUUAGACACAGUCUCUUCACCAGUCUUCUAAUUUUUAAGACAGAACAGUGAAGCACAAGCUUUUCUCCGUGGAGGCCUCACAAACGUGCAAUUUCUAAGCUCGCUGUACUGUGUGCGCAGUAGAUAUUCCCAAACAGGGUGCACAAGUUCACUGAGUUAACUUUGUUUUUCCUCCACCCUACAGAGAAAUGUUCAAAGUCAGGCAUUUCUGGAAUUGCUUAAAAAUGAACAAUCAGCUCUUCUGUGAGAGCAAAACCGCAAUAAUGAAAGAAUGAGUGGGCUGCCUUCCAGAGAUUUUUAUUUUUGUGUGUAAAUUUGCUCACUUUAAACCUUACAAAUAUGCCCCACCACCCCACUAAAAAAAAGCAAAAUGUCUUGCAUUAGUUGUUUCGAUCAAAGUUUUGCCAACUUCAUGAUGGCACCCUGCUACAGUGGGCCAGGCACAAUAAACCAAGACCACGCAGGCCACCAGGUUUCUCACCACCCGGUUGUUUGAGCAUUUUGGACGGCUCAAUGCCAGGUGCUCAGGAGUGGCUGGUCAGCACGUCUAGUUCCUCUCUUCUGCCCCAUACCCAUGAACCUACAGGGCCUUGUCUGCUUUCCAUGUGUCAUGUUUUAGUGAAAGUAUCCCAUUUGCAGAUUUCUCCCAGAUGUGUUUUUGUUUAAAUUUGUGCCUUCUGAUUCCAUUUUCUCUUUGUGUAGCUGUAAGUGAAUGAAACAAAACAAAAAAAAACAAACAAUAGAGUUUGCAUCCAAAGUUGGAUAUGUAUGAGUGGGAACUGUAGUGUGCUUUAUUUAGAGCUCUGGAGCUACUAAGGUACCGAAUGUCUAGUUUUCUGUUAAAAGGUAUUUGCAAACACUGCAAUUCAAUUUCCAUGUAUGUAAGGGAAGAAUAGAGCAUUUAUACUGUAUUAAAUCUGAGUGCUCAAUUAAA